UUCAGACGCCCCUAGCGCAGUGACGGUUAUGUUUAUGUAAUAUGUAACCAUCAAUCGAACAGCCGUUGCUAUGGUUACCGUAUCAAGCAACAGCGAAUUCGGUUUCUGCGCGUAUACAUUUAGCUCAUGCUAACUAAUCGUAAGAUUUAUCGUAAAGGAAUAAGUGCCUGACUUAUCGUAAACGGAAAAAAAUAUACAUUUAAUAAACUUUUAAAGCUCCUAGAGUUUUGUCGUAGCCUGUUAGGGUUCAAACACGCCCGUAAUUAGUAAAAUGUUGCGACUUCGACACUAUAGGCUAACGUUACGCUCCUAAAAGUUCUCGGUAUUGUGUCUCAUUAGUCCGCUUCGUCGGUGGUGUAGAUGGUGUAUUAUAGUACACUAAGGAUUCCGCCCCUUCUCUCUUGACAGCUCAGUGUUUCACAGACACACUCACUGCGCUCUUUCUGAAGGUCCUGCGCGAAACCCUUCCCCUGCGACGAGCACAAUCUCUUCUUCACCUAAACCCACUGCUGUGCUCGAGUUUUCUGAGACCUAGCCUGUACAACGCCAGCGCUUUUCUAGUGUUUUACUCGAAAGGAUAAACGCUUCUGGAAAUGGGGAUGCGUGGAGUUUUGGUUUAUGCAGUUUUUGCGGUUUUCAUCGAUCCGUGUCGGGGGACUUUAACGAACUGCAACGAAGUGCGGAAAGUUUUCCAGUUGAAGGAAAUCGGACCUGUGAAAUCAGUACCUGAAACCCCGAGAACAGGUUCAGAUCUUCAGGUUUGUUUGUCAAAGAAUCUAACGUGCUGCACCAAGAAGAUGGAGGAGCGUUACCAGGUGGCGGCGCGACGGGACAUCCAGAACCUCCUCCAGACAACCAGCUCUAGCCUGAAGUUCCUCAUCUCACGCAACGUGGCUGCUUUUCAAGAAACCGUGGAGUCCCUUGUGCAUCAGGCGGAGAAUCACACUCAUGCUGUCCUCCUGCACACGUACCGUGAUCUGGCCGGUCCGGCUGCGGCUCCCCUCGGGGAGUUUUUCACAGACGUGGGUCUCUUCGUCUUGGGCUCCGAGCUCAGUCUGGAGGAAGCUUCGCAGCGCUUCUUUGACGCCCUUUUCCCCCUGGUUUAUGAGCGGCUGGUGGAGCCGGAUCUGUCGCGCAUGUCUCUGUCGUACUCCGAGUGCGUCCGUGCCUCCUGUCGGGAUCUGGGGCCAUACGGCGGAGCCCCGGGUCGCCUCGCCGCGCUCAUCUCCCGUGCCUCGAUGCCCGGCCGGGUGUUCCUCCAGGCACUACACUUGGGCGUGGAGGUCAUCAACACGACCGAUCACAUUCAGCUCAGCCGCGAGUGCAGACGCGGCCUGCUGAGGAUGAGCUACUGCCCGCACUGCCAGGGUCUGACCACCAGUAAGCCCUGCAUGGGCUACUGUCUCAACGUGGUGCGAGGCUGUCUCGCCAGCCUGGCCGAAGUGGACGCCCACUGGAGGGAGUUUGUGCGCUCGUUAGAGACGCUCUCCACCCGCAUGCACGGGGCGCAGGAUCUGGAGCAAGUGCUUCUGGAAGUUCACGGGCUGGUGAGGGACGCCGUGGCCCACGCGCAGAGGAACGCACCGCGACUUUCUGCACAGGUGCGCAGGGUGUGCGGUGACCCCGUCAGACAGCAGCCGGAGCAGGUGAGCAGCGGUCAGCACGGCAGCGCCGGACGAGACUCCAUUCCUCUGAAAGGAGCGGUCAGAAACGCAGACGACACGCUCAGCAACAGGAGGAAAGAGUUCCUCAGCAGUCUGCGUCUGCACCGCGCCUUCUACGGCGGCCUGGCCGACCAGCUGUGUGUGAGCGACCUGGCCCCUGGAGACGGGACGGCCUGCUGGAACGGGGCUGGUGUGGCCAGCUACACUCUCCGAGUGGUUGGCAACGGCAUUAAAGCCCAGGCUGAAAACCCAGAAGUCAAAGUGAAGGAGGCCGACCCGGUGAUCAGUCAAGUCAUUGAUAAACUGAAGCACAUCAAUCAGGUGAGCCAGGCCCCAAAAAUACAGUCAAAGGAAACAAUGUAACAAGCUCCUUGAUG